AUGUCUUCGAGUGAUAAAACUCCAGGACCGAUGCCGCCGGGAGAUGGGUCGGUGCCGCCGGGGAAGCCGAUGACGAUGGGGCAGCAAAUGCUGGACAAAGGAGCUCAGAUGAUGCAGUCACUGAAGCCCAUAAAGAAGAUGAGCCAGCAUGUUUGCACAUUUGCUUUGUACAGCCAUGACAUGACUCGCCAGAUCGAGACUCACCACUACGUGACUCGGAUCAGCCAGGACUUCCUCCAGUGUGCCGUUUACGAUUCCGACGACUCCGCCGGCCGUCUUAUUGGAGUGGAGUACAUAGUAUCAGACAAAAUCUUUGAAACUCUACCACCCGAGGAGCAGAAGCUCUGGCAUUCCCAUGCUUACGAGAUCUCAUCAGGCCUUUGGGUAAAUCCACGUGUUCCAGAGUUGAUUCAGAGGAUUGAACUCCAAGAUCUUGUUAGAACUUAUGGCAAGUUCUGGUGCACAUGGCAAGUUGAUAGAGGUAAUCCAUAUCACCUUGUCUAUUAA